CACCUUGGCGACGGCAUUCACAUACACACACACCAUUUUCUUCAUAAACCUUGGCUGAAGGUAUCCAUUAUAUCUCUUGAUUUCUGAGUGCAAGCAACAAAGCCACGAUGCCGGGACACGGGAAACUUUCGCAUCGCCCGAUUACGGAGCAGAUAGAUGAGUUGAAAUCAAAGAUGGCCCUUCUAGAGGGUGACAGAAAGGCUUACUAUGAGACGUCUCAGUAUGCGAUGAAGAAGAACAGAGAUAAUAUCCAAGAAAUGAGAAAAGAAUGCAAGGCUUUAAGACAGAAACUCAGUGAUUCAUUAUCACAAGAUGAACAUGUCAUUAAUAAGGCUUUUCGAGACAAACCUGUGGAGAGAGCCUCCCUGAAAAACAAAUCAGGUCGGGAUGCAAUUACAGUGAUGGAUCACAAAGUCUGUGACACACUCAAACAUUUGAACGCGCUGAAGCAUCAGACAGCGACCAAACAGAAGAAACUGGAACAGCUUCAGACACAGUACAACCAGAUGGUGAAAGACGCAUCGGAAGCUGUUGCUACUGACAACGGCGAGAGUGAGGAUGCUCAGAAGAUGAGAUACCUGGAGAACAACUAUGACAAAGCCAGGCUGAAGAAUCAUGAAGCAAAGCACCUGAACAGAAUCUACCUGCAGAUCAAAGCCAAGUUACAAGGGGAAGCAAUGACUUUCAACAAUACGCUCAAUACCAUGGAGGCUGAGAUUGGCCGAUGCCAACAGGAGCUCAAAGAUCUAAAGGCUAUGAACAACGAUGCUCAGAUAUCUAAGGAAUCUGCUCAAGUUGAGCUCAGGAAGCAUGAGGAGCUGGUGUACAGUGAGAGGAAGAAGCGCGAGAUUGAACUGCAGAAGAUGAAGAAGGAGGCAGAAGAAAAGAAAAUGCAACACGAAAGAAUCGAAAAGAGAAUUGCACAGAGAGGCUCCUUGCAACAAGACGACAUUGCUCCUGGAGAGAAACAAAUGGUAACAGGAGAAGACAACCAGCAGAAAAUCACCACCUACGAAGAGGCUUUUAAGCAAAUCAAGGAGGCCACAGGUGUCUCUGAUACACAGGAAGUGGUGAUGAGAUUUGAGAACCAAGGGGAGACAACCCAGCACCUGGAGGAGCUGAAGAAGGAUGGAGAGAAGCAGAUCGUCCGUAUGAGAGAAGAGAAGGAGAGGUUACAGCAGGAGUUUGAGGACAUGAAGUACUCGGGAGAGGCUAAGCUGUCAAGUGGCCAGAGAGCUCUUGAGGACUUUGAAGUUCACUUGUCAAAGGAGGAGGAAAGACGUGACCAGGCAGACUUUAAACUGCGGAGAGCAAGUAAAGUGUUGGUGUCUGUGAAGGCUGGUGUGGAACACCUGGCAGAGAAACUGCAGCACCUCAAAGCUACGAAAGGUCACAUGCCCACUGCUCAGAUUUCACCCACGUCUGAUGAAUAUGUCCUGGAUCAGCUGUCAACGUGCGAGGAAAAACUCCUCAAGUUGUUAGAAGAAAUGGACGGCAAAGAUUUGAGUGAAGUUCUCAAGCAGAUGGAGGACGAAGAGUUCCAUGCAAGCAUUGAAGGGAAGCUGCCAACGUUCAAUACAAGAAUCAAACUCCCCCAGACACAGAAAGACAACGUUUAUGAUGAUGAAGACGAGAGUGGAGAAGAUGACACAGAUGUCCCAACACGAAAUACCAUCAAGAAACAGUCACAGUUUAUCAUUGAUGCCAAGACCAAGCGACGAACCACACGCAAGAAGAAGAAAGUCAAAUAAAUGAUCGACUGAGCACAGACAUAUACAUAGUACCAGUGACUGUAGUUUAUGUAAAUAUUCAUGUCUCUGUCAGUUCCCAUCAUAAUGAAUGAUGUGGAUAGCAAUAUAUGAUAUAUAGCUCAUAUUUCAUGUACUUAUACAUUUCGUGCUUUCGUGACUGUUACAUGAAUGAUAGUGUGAUUUAGGUUCAUCAGCCAACCACCUUUGAGCUUUGCUCAUUCUAUUACUAUUCUAAAUCACUUUCAGCUCAGCUUGAUAAAGUUAAUGUGAAGAUGGGUAAAAAAUUUACAUAUAUGUUUGCUGUGUAUAUUCAAACUUAUUUGAUAAGGACAUAAGAAAUCUGUGAUAACAUAUUUUAGAAUGAAUGUUU